GGGGCAGGCGGCAGGAUGGGCGGCCCGGGCAGCCCGGGGUCCUCCGGGACGCCAGCGGCGGGCGGGCGGACUGGUGUCUCCUUCACUUCGCCCUCCAGUGCCCAAAGCUGCAGCAGCGCGGUCUGCCGCACCCCUGCACCCCCCCGUGACCGGCCCGAGCCCACCUGCCCCGACGACCGGCCACAACCAGCACAAGCAGCUCCAAUGGCGAUUCCUCCAGCAUAUGUAGACCUUGGCAAACCUGCCAGAGAUAUCUUCAAUAAAGGAUAUGGCUUUGGGUUGGUGAAACUGGAUGUGAAAACAAAAUCUGCAAGUGGAGUGGAAUUCACAACAUCUGGUUCAUCGAACACAGACACUGGAAAAGUGAAUGGAAGCUUGGAGACCAAAUACAAGUGGGCUGAGUAUGGUCUGACUUUUACAGAAAAAUGGAACACAGAUAACACUCUGGGAACAGAAAUUGCAAUUGAAGAUCAGCUUGCCAAAGGCUUGAAGGUGACAUUUGAUACAACUUUCUCACCAAAUACGGGAAAGAAAAGUGGUAAAAUUAAGUCAGCAUAUAAACGUGAAUGCAUAAACCUUGGCUGUGAUGUUGACUUUGAUUUUGCUGGGCCUGCAGUCCAUGGUUCAGCUGUCUUUGGUUAUGAAGGCUGGCUUGCUGGUUAUCAGAUGACUUUUGAUACUGCCAAAUCAAAAUUGACAAGAAAUAAUUUCUCUGUGGGUUACAAGACUGGAGACUUCCAACUGCACACUAAUGUCAAUGAUGGUUCCGAAUUUGGUGGGUCAAUUUACCAAAAAGUGAGUGAGUCUCUUGAAACUGCUAUAAACCUGGCUUGGACAGCAGGUAGCAACAGCACUCGCUUUGGCUUUGCAGCUAAAUACAAGUUGGAUCCCACUGCUUCUCUUUCAGCGAAGGUGAAUAAUUCUAGUCUAAUUGGAGUGGGUUAUACCCAGACCCUGAGGCCAGGUGUGAAGCUUACACUGUCUGCCCUGAUAGAUGGAAAGAGCAUCAAUGCUGGUGGCCAUAAACUUGGUCUUGGCCUGGAACUGGAGGCUUAAAAAGGUGAAGAAACUGCUGCAGAGAAGGGAUAUCAGAAGAAUUUGGCCUUAAAAUGUAUUUCCAAUGUGACCAGCAGGCUUUUUCCCAGGAAGGAUGACCUAGAACAAGAGCUGUAUUUGAAGUAUUUAGACAGUUACUUGUUAGCUGGUUUCUAGUUAAAUUGGUUACCCAUCUAGUUAAAAUUCUGCAUUAGUGCAGUCACUUAAACAUUAUUUAAAUGUAUUUAACUGUUUAAUGCGCUACCCACAAAUAAUGAAAUAGACAUUUAUGAAAACUGUACAAUUGUGUGCAUGUUUGUUUUUAUGUUCCUUUUAACAUUCGAUAUUGCCAUUGAAUGAAAAAUGGAUCACUGGAUGUUUUGAAAUGAGGUCAAUAAUUUUGUUGAAUGACCUGAACUAGAAAUACAUUUGGUAUCCCAAGACAAAUUAUGAAUAAAACAAGUACACACACAUACUUGUGCCUCAGAUAUUUUAAGAGUGAAGAUGCGAGGGUAGUGCUCAGUUAAGUUUUAACUUUAGGUAAUCCAAGAAGUAGUGCUCUGUACCUUCGUGCAAUUAAGGACCCCCAUCCAUGACAAUACUGAAUAUAGGUGAACAGUUGGAUUCCUCAAGCAAAUUGAAUGUGCUUUUCUGUCAGGUAAGGUUUGUCAUGACACAAUGGUUUAUUCCCCCUGUGAUCCACAAGCGAGAUGUGCUGUGUUCCUAGUUGGCCUUCUGAUGCAAGAAGCGCAGAUCGGUGUACUUGGCACACUGAGACAUUUAAGAAAUGUUCCUUGAAAAGCCUCACCACAAACACACCUUUUGCUUAUAUUUGUAUGAAGUGAGAUGUAUCUCUGCAAUUGAAUGUAACAGUGUAAUGGUAUAACAGCCUGCUUAUCCCAACUGCUGUGAGAGGUUUCUGCUUAAAAUGACUGAAAUAAAGACAAUUUUAAAUGGA